AUGACCGCCAAGAUCUUUCUCACGGGAGCUACCGGCUACAUCGGUGGCGACGCCCUCCACCAGCUGUACCAGAAGCACCCCGAUUUCGAAUAUGCGCUUCUCAUCCGAACUCAAGAAAAGGCAGACAAGGUGCUCGAAAAGUUUCCGAAGGCCAGGAUUGUCAUCGGAGGACUCGAUGAUUCCGAGACCCUGGAACGCGAGGCAGCAUGGGCUGAUGUUGUUGUUCACACGGCCGACUCGUCAGACCACGCAGGGGCAGCCAAGGCCAUUGCAAAGGGUCUCGUAUCGGGCCACUCGCCAGCUCGGCCAGGAUUCUGGCUGCACACGGGCGGCACCGGCAUCCUGACCUACUUUGACUCGGAAGUCAAGAAGACGUUUGGCAAGCACGACGACAAGGUCUUCAACGACUACGAAGGUGUUGACGAGCUCGUCAACUUGCCAGCCGCCGCCUUCCACCGCAAUAUUGACGAGAUCGUUCUUGAGACCGGCAAUAAGCACCCUGACUCCGUCAAGACUGCGAUUGUCUGCCCGCCCACGAUCUAUGGCCAAGGACGAGGACCGGUGUCGGGCCGAGGUCGCCAGGUGUACGAGUUGGCCGCCUUUGUGUUGAAAGAGGGAUAUAGUCCCCGCAUCGGAAUGGGACUUGCUCGGUGGAAUAAUGUCCAUGUUCACGAUCUCAGCGUAGUGUUUGAGUUGCUGGUUGAGGCAGCGCUGGACCCAUCUCGGAAGGAUGACAAGGAGAUCUGGGGCGGCAAGGGGUACUUCCUCACUGAGAACGGGGAGCAUGUUUGGGGUGAUUUGUCAACGCUGGUCGGGAAGGCCGCCCAUGAGCAGGGCUUCAUCAAGCAAGAGCCCGAGGUACGAGAGUUGUCUUAUGACGAGGCCGUCAAGUCGUCUGCUGGAUUUGAGGCAGCUAGUUGGGGUUUGAACUCUCGAGCUUCUGCCUUGCGCGCGAAGAAGGUACUCGGAUGGAAGCCACAGGAGAAGAGUCUGGAAGAUGAGGUGCCCGCCAUUGUUAAGUCUGAGGCAGCUAGACUAAAGCUCUAA